AGCUCUUCUGGCUCCGGAGUUAGCAGUGCAUAGCAGCGCUAGAUGAAGUCCUUCGCAGAUGUCGGGCUUUGAUUACUCAAAAUGGGACCGGCUGGAAAUUAGCGAUGAUGAGGAUACCUUUCAUCCUAACCUGGACAAGGGCCUGAAUAUUCGGGUGAACCGCAUCACUCGCGACCGAAAAGAGGACGAGAUCAACGAAGAAGUGAAGAGGCUGACUGACAAGGGUGAGCUGGAGAAAGCUGCAAAAAUUGAAGCGAAAAGACCUCUUCAUGUGGACAAUGUCUGCCACGUGGCGGAGGAGCGCACCAUCAUUCAGUCCAGUGAUGGCUCGAGGAAAGAUCGCCUGAAAAAGGGCGAGGAAUUCAGUGUGGAUGAGUACACAAUGUUCAAGGAAGACAAUCAAGGUGUUUUGGACCGCUUCACGAAUGCAGACUGGACAACCUCUGAGGGCUUGUUGAAGGAGUAUGGGCACAUUCUGAUGGAAGAGUAUGCCAACAGCUACUACAUGUUGGAAGCUCUGAAUGCAGAGAUGAGAGGUGACAGGCCGCUGAUGCAGAAACUCGUGCGUCAAGGGCAGAUCCUCUCGCAGAUCCAUCAGCUCGCAGAGCCCAUGAAGCGACCGCCGCGGGAUUUGGUGCCACGAUUCUUUGAACGGUUCGAACACGAGACCUCACGAGCAGCCUUUGAAGAAGGAGUAAAACACUUUGAGAACAAUCUCGUUCAACGCGCCGUCGUCAAGAAGAAGGAGGAGGAGGAAGCAGCCGCAGCUGCGGCGCAGGAAAGAGCCAAGCCCCUCGCCACACCACCAGCUUCCGGAUAUGAAGCGAAGCCACUGGUGGAGGCCAUGUAUGAAAUGACCAAGGAGGAGAGAAUUGCAAUGGCCCCACAGGGCUUGGAUCCCGUGGAAGUCUUCGAAAGUCUACCUGAGAAGAUGCAGACGUGUUUUAAAACAGGUGACGUCGAACUAUUGAAGGAAGUGGCAGAAGAAAUGCCCGAGGAGGAGUUUGACACGCACUUCCAGCGCACCAUUGAUUCGGGCCUGUGGCGGCCAGGGUGAGGUCAGGUGGCAGGGGGGGAGGUGGCGGCCGAUGGCCUUGAUUUCCAUUACUUGGAGCUGUGCUGAAACUGCACGGGCCAAGAGACAGACCAGAAAAACCGCGGCGCAAAGAGGAUCAAA